AACUGCGGAAAGUUGAGCACCGAUAGCGAACACGACAACAACAGCAAGGAACAAGUCAGUCAUCGCUGCAAAAGUUGGAUCAUGAAGGAGGACAAAGAAAACACGCGUCCCAGAGAAAAGAAAGUUGAAAUAAAAUGCGAUGAAAAUGAUAAGCAAGAGAAGCCCUGUAAAGAGAAGAAGGAGGCUAUGACAAAGAUUGUAAUCCGACGUCUCCCUCCGACUCUAACUAAGGAAGACUUAGAGGAACAACUGCAGCCUCUACCAGAGCUCGAUUACCUGGAGUUUUUCUCUAGUGAUACCAGUCUUUUCCCCCACCUAUUUGCAAGAGCAUACCUGAACUUCAAAAAUCAAGAUGACAUUGUUCUCUUCAGAGACCGCUUCGAUGGCUAUGUCUUCAUUGAUAAUCGAGGACAAGAAUAUCCAGCCAUUGUUGAGUUUGCUCCAUUCCAGAAAGUUGCUAAGAAAAGGAGCAAGAAGAAGGAUGCCAAAAGUGGAACGAUUGAUGAUGAUGCUGAUUACAAAAAGUUUUUGGAGUUCUACAAUGGUGAUGAGGAAAAAAGUCCUUCCAAUCCUGAGAUUUUACUAGAGGAAAUUGAGGCCAAGACAAAGGAACUCAGCUCUAAGAAAACAACACCUCUCUUGGACUUCCUUAAGAAUAAACAGAGGAUCAGAGAAGAGAAGAAGGAAGAGCGGAGACGACGAGAGAUAGAACGCAAACGCUUGCGAGAGGAAGAACGGCGUAAGUGGAGAGAGGAGGACAGAAGAAAAAGAAAAGAGGCUGAGAAACUGAAAAAAGUGGAAAAGGCAUUUGAGAAGGAUAAGGACCAACAUAAAGAUGAGCAGCCAAAAAUCAAGCUCUUGAGAAAACCAGAGAAAGCAGAUGAUGGUGAAACUGAAAAGCCAAAAGACAAGCCCAAGAAACAAGACAGAGAGAGACAGAAGGAAGAUCGACCUUCUGGAGGAGACCUGAAAAAGCGGCAGAAUGGUGAACACAGAGAGGAGAAAGGGGGAAAACCCGAGGAUGUUGGACAUAAAGAGUACCGAGAUCGUGAUGGAGAAAGAGAGCGAGACCGGGACAGAGAGAGAGAGCGAAGACAGAAGGAGAAAGAGCGCAUCAGAAGACAGGAUGAGGAACGGAGGAGGAGAAGGGAACACCAGGAUGGAGAAAACAACUACAGAAAAAGAGAGGAGGAAGGGAAGAAAGAUAAGGAGCGCGUUUGGGAGAAAAGGAAGAAUGAACACACUGGAGAGUCCUCUGGCAGUGCUCGUCCUGAAAAGUCAUCAAGGGACAGCAAAAAAGAGGAAAGUGCCAGAAAGGACCGUCUGAGAAAUAAGGAUCGACCUGCAAUUCAGCUGUACCAGCCCGGGUCUAGGAAUCGUACUCGAGGAGGAGGAGGUGGAGGAGGAACAGGAGGAGAUGGACCAGCAGCAGAAAAGAGAGCUGAGCGGGAGGCCAAGAAAAAUCAAGAAAAAGCAGCCGAGUGAGAAAGCAGCUUUGUGUCGCAUGAAAGGAUGUCUCGCAAGCGGAGAGGGGCUCUGUUCUAAUCAGGACAAACAUGGUGCUGCCAUUAAAAUCCCCCCACUUAUAAAACAAACACACUCUCUGUCCAUGACAUGAGAGCACAUACCUGUUGCCCUCCAGUGCCUGAAUGAGCCCUGCAGUGUUUCUGUUCAUGAGCAAGGCAAGUCCUAACCGACGGUUAGAUCUGAGAAACGGGGCAUAACCACGAGAGAAGCCAAAGCGACCAUGGUAAAUCGAAGUGACCUUACUUUUGGUACACAGCCAAACUUGUUUUACUUCACACGCUUUUCCUGUUUCAUAGUUCCGAAGCGGUCUUGCUCAAGAUUUCUCGCAGCUUAGCUUUAGAAACGUGCUUCAAGCCUUACCUGAACCCUUCAUAGACUUCAGACAAUCAGUAAUGAAUUUGUGUUCUUCAAGCAUGGAUGUUGCCUGUAGCUGUUUUAAUGAGCCUGCUGAUCUGCAUCCUUUCUGUUCUGAUUAGGGGAAAAAGAGCCAUGCUUUAUGAUGCCGAUGCCUUGAUCACUGUCAGUUCUUUUCUGCAAGUUGACUAAAUUAUAUGCAAAAAAAAAACAAUACAGAUGUGGCCUUUUAUAGUUUUGCAAUUGAAGCUUCUAUGAACUCUGGAACAAUGCAACUUUUGGUUGGUUUGGUUUGGAAACAGUCACAUGUGCUGUCCAUUUCAAUGACUCCUGAACUCAAAAACACAGCUUGUUUUCCUUAUAUAGUCGCAGCUUUGUCAAAAUUUGAAAAGAAUUACAAUAAACAAACAACCUCUGUGA